GAGAAUGAUUAUGAGGUGGUCGUACUGGGUUUCAAAAAAAAAAUUAUAUUUCCCAUUUUGUUUUUAGAGUACGAGUUCUCCGAAGAUGAANUUGGCACUUUUAGGUCAACAAAUUGUUUUGUUUUUUACUUGGAGACCAAAAAAUAACCAGGAUCACUUUAAUCACGGUGAGGGGUUUCUCUCAACCAAAAAUCGGGGGUCUCUGUUUGUGGUGGGUGAAUUACUGGAUGCAAACCUUGCUAAUGCUGAACCAAAUUCUAAGAUGGCUGAAGAGACCAAAGCUGUUUACUGGGAAAGUGGAGCUGGUGGAAGAUGCUUCUUUAUAUUGUUUUCAGUUUCAUCAUUUGCCUAGCCGUCUUGUUCACACCUGCAAGGUCGAGCUNCACCUCUCUCCGGUUGGAAGCUCAUUUGGCAUUUUUGGUUCUAAUAAUCACUUCUAUUUAUUCCUUUUUAUUUGAUAACGUGGUGAAGGGUAAACCUGAUGCAUACAGCCUCAUCUCUUGUGCUGCUUUUGCUACCAUGUCGCUUGGCUUGUCAAAUCUCACUCAAUUUGGAUUCCAGAUUGAUCUGUUAUAUUUCUUCUGCGGAGGUUUAACAGUACAACUCAUGAAGAUCAAACUGUGGUUAAUCACGGUUGGAGCAGGUUUCACUUAUUCUCUCCUCCAGCUUCGUCACUAUCCGAGAGACACACAAGGGGAGAAUCUUCAGCUCCUGAACCAAAAUCAAGUGAUCAUUCAAGUGGAUGAUUCAGGAACAAUUAGUAGUAGCAGUCCUGUUAUCAUGGAACAACAAGCUAAUGCUGAUGUCGGUAGUACUCUAGGCGCCUCACCAGAAGAUGGGGAUCUUAUUCAAAGCAAUUCAGCUUCACAAAAUGGAAGCGUUGUUGAUGGUCUUUCUGUCCAACAACAGCUCAUCGACUGUAUAAAGGAGCUUGAAAUGGAGAAUCGGAUGCUUGUUCCCAUGGUUUGUAGUCACGUGGAUAAAUACCUUAAAGCCGUGUUUGACUCCAAAGACAAGGACCAGACUCAAAUGUUGGAAGUACCGGAUCCGGACAUCAACUUGGUGAUGGAUGCGCUUCCGUUUGAAAUUAUAAGCCGUCUUAAAGAAAUCGUAAAGCUGAUUGUGGUAGGAGGUUUUACGGAGGAAUGCAGCGACAUUUACAGCAAAUGGCGAAAGGAGUUUGCAGAACAGUGUCGGCGGGCACUUGGGUUGCAAUUUCAAACGCCCAACGAUGAGGACGUUGAGAAGUGGUUAAAAACGUGCAAGGCAACUUCGAAGAUACUGUUUCCCAAUGAAAGGAGACUCUGCGAUUACCUCUUUUCAGNGUUCUCUGUCGCUGCGGAUGCCUUCUUCNACAAGGUUUGCAANGAACUGACGAUUGGACUAGUGAGUUUUGCCGAUACCACCAUGACAACUGGGAAUUUGCCGAAUCUUUUNUUCAACNUUGUCCCUAAAAUGUCGGAGCAAUUGGGCGAGUUGAUACAGGAAUUCAUCUUGCCGGUUUGGUUUCACAAAUUGUCGUUUGUAGAUGAUAUUCAAGACGUUCUGCAAAGAUUGGCUAUGCUAAACAAGUUGAGGAAACUUACUUAUCCCNANAAUGUGCAGGCACCUGUUACNGAUGGAGGGCUUCAUCUGAUUACUAAGAAAGCAAUGGACCACAUCCAUACAAUGUCUAAAGGUAAGAUAANGCAAAGGGCUGACCNUACUUACCGCAUCGGGAAUUCUUCAUAUUGGGUGGUUAUAGAAAGGAUGAUUGAGUUGUUAGAGAGCGAAUUGGAAGCCAAGUCUAAAGAGUACUACGCCGACCCUGCAUUGGGCUCUGUUUUUAUGAUCAAUAAUCUCANCUACAUAGAACAAAAGACGCAUGAUUUGAAAUUUGACGAUGAUUGGUUUCGACAAAACACAGCAAAGGUGGAACAAAACUACAACCUGUAUCUAAGAAGUUCGUGGAAUAAGAUUGUGGGCUUUUUGAAGGUUGAGACGAAUGAGUUGGCGGAGGCUGAUAUGGUAGCGGAGUUAAUGAUAAAAAAGUUCCAUUUGUUCAACCUGCACUUUGAAGAGACAUGCACAAUUCAAUCUACAUGGACUGUCUCUGAUAAGCGACUGAAGGAACGAAUUAUAAAAUCCAUAGAGGAGCUUUUGUUGCCAGAAUAUAAAAAGUUUUGUGAGAGGUUUCGAGAUGUUUUUGAUAAUCAAGCUGAACAUUAUAGUAAGUUUGGAUUUCUAGACAUUCAAAAUUGUCUCAGCCAUUUGUUUAUGCUAGAUGAUGAGAUGACUCUGGAAGACAAGAAAACUGUAUGAAGUUUGCAAUAA